CUGCAGAAGCUGCUGCAGAUGCGGCGCAAGGGGGCGUCGGAGGAGGAGCCGCGGGACAGCGGCAGCGAGCCCCGGGGCGACGAAGACGACAUCCCGCUGGGCCCCCAGUCCCACGUCAGCCUGCUGGACCAGCACCAGCACCUCAAGGAGAAGGCUGAAGCCCGCAAGGAGUCGGCCAAGGAAAAGCAGCUGAAGGAGGAGGAGAAGAUCCUGGAGAGUGUGGCCGAGGGCCGAGCGCUGAUGUCUGUGAAGGAGAUGGCAAAGGGCAUCACAUACGAUGACCCCAUUAAAACCAGCUGGCGGGCGCCGCGCCACAUCUUGGGCAUGUCGGAGGCACGGCACGAGCGUGUGCGCAGGAAGUUUCACAUCCUGGUGGAGGGUGAGGGCAUCCCACCGCCCAUCAAGAGCUUCAAGGAGAUGAAGUUCCCUGCAGCUAUCCUGCGGGGCCUGAAGAAGAAAGGGAUCCAGCAGCCGACACCCAUCCAGAUCCAGGGCAUCCCCACCAUCCUCUCCGGCAGGGACAUGAUUGGCAUCGCAUUCACUGGCUCCGGGAAGACCCUGGUGUUCACCCUCCCAGUUAUUAUGUUCUGUCUGGAGCAGGAGAAGAGGUUGCCAUUCUCCAAGAGGGAGGGGCCCUAUGGGCUCAUCAUCUGUCCCUCGCGGGAGCUGGCCCGGCAGACCCAUGGCAUCCUGGAGUACUACUGCCGCCUGCUGCAGGAGGAUGGGCUGCCCCCGCUGCGCUGCGCCCUCUGCAUCGGGGGCAUGUCUGUCAAGGAACAGAUGGAGACCAUCAAGCAUGGUGUGCACAUGAUGGUGGCCACGCCCGGGCGCCUCAUGGAUCUGCUGCAGAAAAAGAUGGUGAGCCUGGACAUCUGCCGCUACCUGGCGCUGGAUGAGGCUGACCGCAUGAUCGACAUGGGCUUUGAGGGAGAUAUCCGCACCAUCUUCUCCUACUUCAAGGGCCAGCGGCAGACCCUCCUCUUCAGCGCCACCAUGCCCAAGAAGAUCCAGAACUUUGCCAAGAGUGCCCUGGUGAAGCCCAUCACCAUCAACGUGGGGCGAGCGGGAGCAGCCAGCCUGGAUGUUGUGCAGGAGGUAGAGUACGUGAAGGAGGAGGCCAAGAUGGUGUACCUGCUCGAGUGCCUGCAGAAAACCCCACCGCCUGUGCUGAUCUUUGCGGAGAAGAAGGCAGACGUCGACGCGAUCCACGAAUACCUGCUGCUCAAGGGUGUGGAGGCCGUAGCCAUACACGGAGGGAAAGACCAAGAAGAGCGGACGAAAGCCAUUGAGGCCUUCCGGGACGGAAAGAAGGAUGUCCUGGUCGCCACGGACGUGGCCUCCAAGGGCCUGGACUUCCCAGCUAUCCAGCAUGUCAUCAACUACGACAUGCCGGAGGAGAUCGAGAACUAUGUGCACCGCAUUGGGCGUACGGGCCGCUCAGGGAACACAGGCAUCGCCACCACCUUCAUCAACAAAGCCUGCGAUGAGUCAGUGCUCAUGGACCUGAAGGCGCUGCUGCUGGAGGCCAAGCAGAAGGUACCACCUGUGCUCCAGGUGCUGCACUGUGGGGAUGAGACCAUGCUGGACAUCGGAGGGGAGAGGGGCUGUGCCUUCUGCGGGGGGCUGGGCCAUCGCAUCACAGACUGCCCCAAGCUGGAAGCCAUGCAAACCAAGCAAGUCAGCAACAUCGGCCGCAAAGAUUACCUGGCCCACAGCUCCAUGGACUUCUAGGGCUGCCUGCCGGGCACCAGCCCCUGCCCAGAUGCUGUGAAGGGGUGGGGUGAGGGGAAGGUGGCUGCUCCCUGGACAAGUGCCAGUCACACCAGGAAGGCCACGUUAGCCCCAGGCUGCUGGUCCCUGCAUGUCAGGCAGCCACACUGUGUCCUGCUCCAGGCCCCUGGUGCAUGCCACCCAUUCCCUGCUGCUCUAGAGAGGGGCUGCGGUUCUGGCACUGGGAGGAAGUGCUGUGACAUGUGGCAAUGGCCUCUUACAUCAGCCCUACUGUUGACACGCUGAGAUUGGGCAAGUGGGAGCCUCCGGGCCUGGUGCACAGCACCACCCAGGGCUCGGUCUGCCAGGGCCUGGCACAGGUAUUCUGCCAGGAUGCCUGUGGCCCUGCCAGGACUUCCCCAGUCUAGGGGAUGCUCAGCAUCUUCCUGGGGCUGCUGGGCUGGGCAGGAAGGGGCAGUCCUAGUCCUCAGCCCCACCCCCUUGCCCCGAAUUGGGGCUGUGAGAGCCUGCCUUGGGUAAACUUGCAGCCCCGCCUGCCCGUUCUGCCCCACUGCUCUGUUCUGGCGGGGGCAGGGCCAGCUCCACGCCCCACACGCCAGAAAGGGGAAGUGGAGGCAGAGGGGAAGUCUGCCACUGCGCUCCUGCGGCAGCAGCCUCAGCUCCUGUGGCCAGCGGCUCCACAACCCAGGCAGCUCAGGCCAUGGAGGGGCCUGUGAAGGAUGGGAUCCUUUAUGUCCAGCACUUCAAAUUUGGAAAGGUAACGGGCUGGGCACAGGAGCAGGACUAGGCCCCAGGCCUUGCUGACCAGGGGGAGGGGCGUGUGGUCUCAGCCCCACGGCACCGUGCCUGGGUGCUGGGGGAGGCAGCUGCAACCAGCAGUCCUAGUGGUCCUGAUGCUGCUCCGGGUGCUGCCUGCAGCAGGCGCAAAGGGCAAUAAAAGCUUUUACAGAG